AUGAAAGUUCGUGUCAGGCAUAUGGUUGUGAAACCAUAUGAAGAUAUAUAUCCUAAGUGGGACGAUAAUAAAGUGUUUACUGAACUGGAUAACAUGAUUCAAGACAUCCUCAGUGGCCAGCUUGAUGAAAACUUUUGGGAAGCAAGUGGUGAUUCCAAGUCCAGAAAGAGAAACAUUCAUGUGAGCCCACCUGUGGUUCCAGCUACUGAUGAUGUGAGUCGUUCUACUAAGCGAAAGAAGGACAAAGAGCAUGUCGAUGGCUGUCACGCAUCAGAGAUGUCGGUUAAGAACCUGACUGGAAAAAUAGAUGGAAUUGAUGUUAGUGUCGCUGACAAGGUCACUGCAAAACUAGACGCGGCCAUACAAGAUAAAGUGGAUGCUAGGAUUCGUUUAUAUGAGAUUGAAGUGAUGAAGAAGUUUGCCAUUUUAGAGGAAGACGUAAAGAAUAUUAAAGAAAAGGGUUGUGUAAACAUUCCUACUGAGGUGGCUAACUCCAAUGAUGGAAAGUCCAUUGCGCAAGAAGAGGAUGACGGUUCUAGCAAAGCUUUGUCAUGGAUGCUUCAGAAUAAGACCAAUUCACAAGAUGGUUUACCAGUUCAGUGUGUUGUUAAAAAGGAGAAAAAAGAAAAGAAGACAACUAAGAAGGAGCCUCUUAAGAAUAAGGAGGUGAAAAGGAAAGAGAAGAAAGUUGAAACGCCACUUAAAAAAGUUAAGGUAGAGAAGGCCUUCAAGAUCCCAGAACUUAAUGACGAGUCCAUUUCGACAGAAGGUUGGGAAAAUCAUCUAAUGUGGCAAAAGAGUGCGAAGUGUAGGGAGGUGUUGAAAGCACUUGCUUCAACUUUCUUGGAGCCUACACGUAGGCGUAAACGCAGUUGA